GCCGUGACGUCACGCGGCUCCCCGGUCACGCGGGUGCCCCGGAAGCGCCAGGAGCGGCGGCGGCGGCGGCGGGAGCGGAGCGGACCGCGCCUAUGUCGGGCUUCGACACCAACCCGUUCGCCGACCCGGUGGACAUCAACCCCUUCCAGGAUCCCUCGGUGACACAGCUCACAAACACCAGCCAAAGUGGCUUGGAUGAAUUCAACCCCUUUUCCGAGAGCUCCCAGCUGACAAAUGCAGCCCGGACGACGCCAGCCGUGCAGCCCUCGGGCCACUCGCAGCCGGCUGUUCUGCAGACGUCCGUGGAGCCCACGCCCCAGGCCGUGGCCGCAGCAGCACAGGCCGGGCUGCUUCAGCAGCAGGCAGAGUUAGAGAGGAAGGCAGCUGAGCUGGAGAAGAAGGAAAGGGAACUGCAGAGCAACUCAGCCAGCAUUAACCCGAGGCAGAACAACUGGCCACCCCUUCCCAAGAAGUGUCCCAUCAAGCCGUGUUUUUAUCAGGAUUUUUCUGCAGACAUCCCAGCUGACUACCAGCGGAUAUGCAAGAUGCUGUAUUACUUGUGGAUGUUGCAUUCCAUUACCCUGCUCCUAAACCUGCUCGCUUGUCUGGCGUGGUUCACAACUGAUAAUGACAGAGGCGUAGACUUCGGUCUCUCGAUUCUUUGGUUAAUUUUAUUCACCCCUUGUGCCUUUCUCUGUUGGUACCGACCAAUUUACAAGGCUUUCAGGUCUGACAGCUCCUUCAGCUUCUUCGUCUUCUUUUUUGUCUUCUUCUGCCAAAUAGCAAUCUACGUCAUCCAGGCUGUUGGCAUUCCUGGCUGGGGAGACAGCGGAUGGAUCGCGGCGCUGUCGGAGGUGCGCAGGAACCUGGCCGUGGCCAUCAUCAUGAUGGUGGUGGCAGCAUUCUUCACGCUGUCUGCUGUUCUCUCCCUCUUCCUCCUGAAGCAGGUCCAUUCCCUGUAUCGGCGCACGGGAGCCAGUUUCCAAAGGGCCCAGGAAGAGUUUUCCCAAGGCAUCCUCAGCAACAGGAGCUUCCAGAAUGCAGCGGCCGGGGCAGCCUCCUCAGCUGCACAGAGUGCUUUCCGGGGAAACUAGCCCUUCCCAGCAAAACUAGCCCUUCCCGGGCUGCCUCCCCCUUGUUUUCUCUGCCCUUAUCACUCCUUUUUUUUUUUUUUUUUCCCUAAAAAUGCACUUUUUGGGGGUACCAUGUGAGCUCUGUGAUGCCGACUCCUGAUGAGAAGAGGUUUUUUUAGCUUCAGCUGAGCUACGGUUUUGAUGAUUAGUUUUCCCUGUCUUAUUUUAGGGUGUGGGGAGAUGGGGGAGACAUUCUCUGAAGUAAAUAUAUUUCUCUAUCCAGGACCUACCAGGUGUUUGUCUCUUCCUCCCCUCGCUCUGUCUGUAGCAGGAAGACAAGGGGAAGCAGGUUUUUGAUUUUACUCUCUCUCUUCUCUUGGCCUUUGCUACGAAGAAUUUGAUUAUCUGAUGUUUUGGGGGGGUUUUGUAAUGUGCAUGUAGUUUGUCAUUAAUUUUAAGAACAGAAACUGUACUUCUGGUUUAUUACACUCACACGAUGCUGCAUUUUGACCUCGUUAACUGCUUGGCUUUCUGAGAGUUGGGAUAACGUGGCAUGAAGGAAAAUCUGGGAGCAGUGGGGGAGUGUGGAGGGAAAUAUUUCUCCUUGUCCCCCCGUGGCAGACCCAUUGCUUCCACAAGGAUCCUGCAGGAGACAGCUCUGGACACAGAGAGGAGGAGAAGGGAUCAAUGGGGGCUGAGUCUUCUCUGUGAAACCAGGGGAGGGAGGGGAAAAAGAGAUUUUGGUUUAACUCCCAGCUCUAAGUUCAGAGCAGCAGGAGCUCUGAAGAUACUGGUUCAGCCACCACACGGUGCCUGCAACAUCCUUCUCCAGCUAACCUUGAAUUAAUCUUUCUCAAGGGAAGACUCCUCCCUGCCUCCUUCCUCCCAAGUUUAAUUUUUUUUCCAGCUGGGAAGGAACUGGUUUCAUGUGUGUUCAGCUGCAUCCCGAGAUGGGAUGUCCCUUGGGACAUGGGUAAGGCACGGGAGUUGAUGGCAGCAGAUGCCCCCUGCUCCCUGCUUCAGCCCUGUGUCUUGGGUAUUGAGGAGGGGGUUUUAAUGCAGAUUUGGCUUUGUGAUGCCCAUUUCCCAGGAUAGGGGUUGUGUUAGACCCCCAUCCUGUGCUAGUGUGGGGCCGGAGGGGGCUGGAACCCAGAAAUCAGCCUUUUUACACCCUUUCCCUCCUGUAUUAUUAUUUUUUUUUUUUCCCCGCGUCCGAUCUUUUAAUGUUUAAAAAAUUAUUAAUAAUAAAAUGUAUAUGUGGUCCAGA